AUGGAAAUUUUCCCAAGCAGCUCAUCGUACUGCUUGUUCACAUUACUUCUUCUUGCCCCCUUGCUAUUGUCCCUCAAGUUAUUGUACUACUCUAGGAUGGGUAGGAAGAAGGAGGACCAAAUAAGGUUGCCUCCAGGGCCAUGGCAACUACCAAUAAUCGGUAGCCUCCACCACGUCCUCAUGAAACGAGGACAGCCCGUCCACCGCAUCAUGGCCAAUCUAGCACAGCAGUGCAACGCCCCCGUCAUGCAUCUGCGUCUUUGGGAGUUGAGCCUUGUUGUCAUCUCCUCUGCAGAGGCCGCGAGGGAGGUCCUCAAGACGCACGAUGUCACCUUUGCUACACGGGCGAUGAGCCUAACCGUGAAAGCAACGAUCGGUGACAAGCUGGGGCUCUUCUUCCUGCCCUACGGCGCCGUAUGGCGUGAGUUCCGUAAGAUCUGCAAUGUUGAGCUUCUCAGCACGAAUCGUGUGCGCUCUUUCCGCCCGAUACGCGAGGAUGAGGCUGCACGUCUGGUCAGCGACAUCGUUGCUAGAUCACAGCAGUCACAGGCGCUGCUGCCUGGCGGCGGCGGCGGGCUUGUGGACCUCAGUGAGUGUGUAGCUAGGCUCGUCAGCGACUCUGCUCUGCGAGCCAUCAUGGGAGACCAGUUCCGGUGGCGGGAUGAGUUCUUGGACACCGUAGCCAUGACAUAUAAGAAAGCAACGGGGUUUAGGAUCGCAGACCUUUUCCCGUCUUCUCGCGUGAUGCGUGCCCUCAGUGGUACCGUGGCUGAGGCAAAGCAGUACAAUGCUAAGCUGUUUGAUCUUGUCGACCGAGCUAUCCACCAACAUGAGGAGCGAAAGAUGGAGGCCGCAGUUGCUGACAGUGACACCACCAAGCAGACUCCUGAUUUGCUAGAUGUGCUUCUCAAUAUUCACAAGGAAGACGACCCAGCCAGCUCUCUCACCACUGCUUCCAUCAAAGCCGUUAUUCUUGACAUCUUUGUUGCUGGAAGUACAGCCACAUCAUCAGUGAUCCAGUGGGCUAUGUUGGAGCUCAUGAGGAAUCCAAGAGUUUUGCAGAAAGCCGAAUUGGAGGUACGCCACGUCUUGCGGGGUAAAGCAAAGGUAACUGAAAAUGACUUAAUUGACCUCAAGUACUUAAAGAACGUCAUCAAGGAAACGCUAAGGUUGCACCCAGCGCCUCCUCUGCCAAUCCCAAAAGAGUGCCAAGAGUCUUGUAAGAUUCUUGGAUAUGAUGUGCCUAGGGGUACAAUGGUUUUUGUUAACUCGUGGGCUAUUGGUAGGGACCAAAGUUACUGGGUUGAUGAGCCUCAAGUUUUCAAGCCAGAGCGUUUCGAUGCUUCAGCUGUUGAUUUCAAAGGUACGGUUUCAUCCCCUUUGGGGCUGGGCGAAGGGUUUGUCCGGGCAUUGUGUUUGCUCAUGCACACAUCGAACUUGUACUUGCCACACUUCUCUACCACUUCGACUGGCACCUCCCACCUGGUGUCACGCCAGACAUGCUCGACCUGA